UUACGCUUCCUCCGUUUGCCCUAUAAGUCUCCGGAGGCGGGAAGGAGCAUUUGCACACUCAAAGGUCAUUUGUUCGAAUCACUGCAUUGCUGUUUUCGUUUGCGCAAUUCGCUUCCAACAAGAGAGAUAUACAUUUGCUACAUCAAACUCGGUUUGAUUUGUAUGCAGGGCAUAUACUUAGACAUUGGCGAUUGAGUUGAGGGAAUCUGCUUAAGCGUCUUUCUUCAAAGCCAAAAUAGGUGAAACAAAGAAGCUCAUGUCACAGGAUUCAAACAUGACUACCCCCAGUACCAAUGCUGCAGGCAACGGAACUAAGGAUUCACACCACCCUCAUCCACCUUUGAAUGAAAGAAUUCUUUCAUCCAUGUCUCGUAGGUCUGUUGCUGCACAUCCUUGGCAUGAUCUUGAGAUUGGACCUGGAGCUCCUGCAGUUUUUAAUUGUGUUGUGGAAAUUAGUAAGGGAAGUAAAGUGAAGUAUGAAUUGGACAAAAAGACCGGUCUGAUCAAGGUUGAUCGGAUAUUGUACUCAUCAGUUGUUUAUCCUCAUAAUUAUGGGUUCAUUCCACGAACACUGUGUGAGGAUAAUGAUCCAUUGGAUGUACUGGUACUCAUGCAGGAACCUGUUCUUCCGGGAUGCUUUCUCCGUGCUAGAGCAAUCGGUCUGAUGCCUAUGAUUGAUCAGGGAGAAAAGGAUGACAAGAUAAUUGCUGUUUGUGCUGAUGAUCCCGAGUUCCGUCAUUACAAGGACAUCUCAGAACUUGCCCCUCAUCGUUUACAAGAGAUUCGGCGCUUCUUUGAAGAUUACAAGAAAAAUGAAAACAAAGAAGUUGCUGUGGAUGCAUUCCUUCCUGCAUCAACUGCUGUUGAAGUCAUAAGUCACUCAAUGGACCUGUAUGCAACAUAUAUUGUGGAGAGUCUGCGACGAUAAGGUGUACCUGAACUUCCAUUCUGAAGCAAUUCAAGUAAAGUUAAUAUCGAAUACAAGUUAAGUGCUAAUCCAAUUAAAAACAUAAUGAUUAAAUACAAAUUAGAUAUUUUUCCUUCCUAAGUAUGGUAAUACAGAGUAUUACCUAUACAUUGUAAUGUUUUUGACAUGUCUGAUAGGUUCCUUGUAUCUUCUGAGAAGGACUUAGCUUAUGGGGGCAUGUAGUGUAUUUAUUUGAUUUUGUACUGGCCGAGUACAGUAUUUUUUAUGUUGCAAAGGUGAAAUUAAUGCAAUAUGGUGUACUUGCUUUGUUGAACGGUGCCUUGACAGUAAAGGCUAAAAGCAUGUUAUAUAUAUUUGGAUAUUUGGUUUAAA